AAAAGGAACCGAACCAUCCGCGUAUAAAUUAAGCAGCGAAGCAAUCGAUUUUAAUUUCGCUCAACGCUCCCAAGAUUUUUGAAUUGAAGCUGCGGGUCAGGUUUGCAACUGAGGAGCACAUCCAAGAUCCACUGCGAAACAAUGGAUGGACAUAAUUCGGACGAGUCAAAGCAAAACACUGCUGAUAUGACAGUUUUUGUGCAAAAUCUUCUUCAACAAAUGCAAUCAAGGUUUCAAACGAUGUCUGAUUCCAUUAUCACCAAGAUCGAUGACAUGGGAAACCGUAUAAAUGAGUUGGAGCAAAGCAUCAAUGACCUAAAAGCAGAGAUGGGAGUGGAGGGCUCCUUAUCCCCGUUAGACCCAUCAAAGCAAAAGUCGGAUGAAGCGAAACAAGAUGAAGGCUCAGCAUAAAACUUGGCCAAAGACUAUAACUCGCAGUUGAUUGUGAUUGUAAUGGUUUUGUUUGAGACUACUUUUGUCAAGAGAGGGACAAUACUAGGAGUUCCCAUCUCCCUUUUCUUUUUCCCUUGUAUUAAGUAUUUUAUUCUAUGAACUUUGAGCACAAAUUAUCUUGCCUUAUCCUCAUUUUAAA